GGUAGCGCGACAGUCAUGUGUGAGUGUCAGUGACGCAACAGAAGAUGGCGCUGUGCAACACUUUCAGGCUUCUUGCGGUGAGCGUGGCACUGGUGGUCCUCAUCAAGAACGCAGAAGGGUUCUCGUUCCGAAGGACCACGACCCUUCGGAGGGCGGCGGACCUCUAUCCAGACGAGACCAGAGCAUCUGAAGUCAGGGAAGCGCGAGUGACGAAUGCACACAACGGCAACGUUGCUUACGACAGAAAUAGAACAGAAACCAUACCCAACGUCAGUAACAAAACUUCGGGUACGAAAAGAACAAACGAGGCACCUGCAACGCCCAAAAAGAAGACAUUUCAAGAUGCUGUGACAACGUACAGACCCGCAGCUAAAUCUGGAGACAGGAACGUGAAUAAUAAAGCAGUGAAAGACGACGCAGGUCCGAAGUCAACUAACAAGAAGACACCUCAUUUACAAAAUAAAAACAUUUCGAAUAAAAGUACGGAAAUAAUAUCGAACGAGAAAACUAGAGAAAAAGUAUACGAAAAGCAGGCGGCACCGCUGCCUUCGUGGAAGAAAUAUACCUUUAUAAAUCGAAAUAAAGUUGAAGAAUCCGCUCCAAGCGCAAAAGAUACAGUCGUUAAAGUAGAUGUGCCUGAAGUUCUCUAUUCGGCUUCAUCCUUAAGAGACACCAUAACGUCUGAUAUACCAUCACUCGAAAAAUUAAAAAAUGAUUUGCUUUCCAAUAGUAAGUCAAAAUCAGUGGGACAAAAACAAAAUGCGUCUUUCGCAAAAACGACAUCCGAAUCGAAGGGAAACGAUAAUUCCAAAUGGAGUGUAGAGUCCAAACGAGCUGGCUACUUAGAUUAUUCAGAAAAGAAUAAGGAGAUUGAAACGGAUAAUUCAAAAUCUACCACCGCCAGUGUCGAAAAAUCGCCUAGCACUAAACAAGAGUCACCAACUCAACAGACGAAAGACUCACUAAUCAAAGAGAUUUUAUUAAGGGAAAGUGUCGACAACAAUGUGAGAAAAGAUCAAGAAGAAAAACAGGAAAAAUUACAAUUAGCGACGCAAAUUUCCAUCACAGAAAAAAACGAGACACAAACAAGCAUCGAAAAGUCUAAAAAUGCAUCUCUAUAUACGGUAAGCCCUAACUAUAAACCUCUUAAGAAAUUAGAAGUUCAGCCACCGAAGCCGUUCCUCAGAGACCCCGACGACAACAGCUGGAGAAACGAGAGCAUCAGCUCAUUGGGAAUCGUGUUCAAGCCCAAGAACUCUUCGAAAGCAUUCACUGAGGUCUUGAAAAACAAGACGGAGUCGGAAUGGAACACCUUGUUGGAAAAGGAACGGAAGAACGACCUACCUGAUUUGAGGGAAAGGCUCGAACAAAUGGCCAAAAUGAGAAAAACUAAACGAAAGAAAAUCGAUUCGAUGGGCAACGUCGUUUAUGUUGACUACGAGGAGAACGUCACUUCUAACGAAAACACCAACGAAAAUAACAGUUCUAAUGAAAACAGCAAUCCCCUUCAAGGCGACAUUAUAAUUCCUCUUCUAAGCUUCGACCCUCAAUUCUUUUUGACCGGUUCUAAACUCCCCGACUCCACUCUGUCGGAUCUGACAAAAACGGACCCCUUCACGACAACAGUCGCGACGAGCAUCAACAAAGAAACCACGAAGGCUAGAAAACCAAAGAAAAACUACAACAUACCGGAUUACUACGAGAGUUCCGAGGACGAGGAUCUAGAUUACUUGGACCUCGCUAAAAUAGAUAUCAAGAAAUUCACCACGCAAAAGACCACACAGACACCGUUCGACACCUCGACGUGGCCGGUCACCACCUACAGGAACACAAACAAUGACGCUCCCGAGCGCAAGCCCAAUCUUCAAUACUUCCCGCCGCUGAGGAACAAAAAGAUAAGCAUCGUUAAGUACAACGCUCCAAGGGAGGAAAUAGACAAAUACGUCAACCCCAUAGAUCAGGCGAACUUCGUGUCGACAAGAAAGCCAACCACGACUUAUGUUCCUGUACAAUAUCCCGAAACGAACGCACCCUUCAACGAUAAGUACUCGCCGUACGGCGUGGACGGUUUCGACGAGCUGCCGGUGACCAACAAACCGACUACGAUCGCUAACGACAUAUAUCUGAGGCAGCCCCCGAGAAUAGACGAGGAUCGAAUUGACGAGCAGAGAUUACAGGAGCGUAGACUAGGUGAGCAAAGAAUUGGGGAACAUAGAAUAGGCGAACAAAGAAUAGACGAACCCAGAAUAGAAGUACCGAGAAUAGAGGUGCCGAGAAUAGAAGAGGAGCCCAUCAAUCGGUUCAAAAUAGUCAGCGACGAGGGAAACCAGAACCGAGGGUCGUACGUCAUCAAGAGUUACGACGAUUUCAUCAACGAAGCCGAGAAGGCGAACGAGUUCGAUAGCCAGUUAGAGUACGGGCCGUACACGGAAGCGACGUCGGAGACCGUCACCACGGACGAGCUGGUCAAGCCGGACCACCUGAACGAGGACCUGGACUACGACACCAAGUUCCGCAAGGACGUCAUCAACAGAUUCGUCGAGAACUUCAACAGGAACACCGCGAAGUUCAAGUCGGAGUUCCCGAUCAUAUUCAACAGCAGCAUCGUCCACGACACGCACGGGGACGGCAAGGAGGUGGCGUCGUCCCGGGCCUUCCUGCGAGGCCUGCACGGGCACGCCAGGAGACAGAACAAGAAGUACAACCUGUACGACGUCAACCAGGUCAAUACGACGGCAGAGCCGACCUACGAGCUCCACUACUUCAUGCCGCAGCAAGACGAUAAAGACGCGCGAUACAAGUUAUGAUACGGAUCGCCUGUACUUUAUAGGUAGUCGGUGGACUUUCGAAGCGAGCGUCUAUAGCGUCAGUGACGUCGCGACUGUGAAAAAUUUAUGGUUUUGCGUCAGUGACGUCACAGACUCCACGUUAGGGCGUUCGCUGCGUUGAGCGUGUGUCCGGCGCGAUAAUUUCGAUCGCGCGGGUGUACAGUCGAUACCUAUAGAUUUUUAUAGACAUACUAUAGCCAACAGACGACGACGCCGACGUGUACAAAGGCGUCAGACAAUCAGCCCAUUUGUCACGUCUAGUUUGUUGACCAGUCGGCCGCGGGGCGGGCACCGCUGCACGCGCCGCGUGCGACGGCUGAACCGCCUCACGCAGCGCUGCUCUGUGGGAUGACAUGAAACAAGCACGC